AUGGCAAAGAUCAAUAGCCUGCUGGACCUGCCGGUGGAACUCCUCCAGCUAGUGCUCAAGUGCUGCUCGACGCCCAGCUUUCUCCAGCUUAUCCGUACUUGCUCGACGCUGCUUGCAAUUGCUAAGACAUGCCGCGAGGUCCUACGCCAUCAACUGUUCAAGCUGCCUGGCCCAUUGGAAACCGAGGAUGGCAUCCCCUUGGAAGGGCUGUCAACUGCACAGCUGUACCAGGAGCUCAUGUCAAGGGCAGCUACUCAUUUAUACGGGGCCAAUUUCCACUCUGAUACCACACUAUACACGAUGGAAGAGGGCGUGAUAGAUACCAAGGCUUCUUCCUUCUUUCCAACCCCCCACGAGGAGCCGCAAUACUUCGCUCAUCCAUCACUCGCUUUGGUUCCAAGGGGCAGUGCAUCCGUAUACCUGUAUUUGGUGGGUCACCCAAGCCUACGGCCGGAGGAAACAAUGUUAUCCGCAGGCAAGCUAGAGUCCCCCAGUGAUGUCCCGGGUGAGAUUGAGAUACUACGCGUUGUCAACAGCCGCUCGUACCCAAACGUCAUAUCAGUGCUCCAGCGCUACAAACCUCCGGCGAACCCAGCAGACUCGCCCUCCAUGCACCCAUUUGUUGAGGACACAAUGAUGCCGUAUUACUCUGCUCGCAUCCGAUUGGUUCACUAUUCCAUCGACUCCCCCAAAGGCGGAUGGAGGCCGACGGUGUUCACUGUGUUCCCCACUGAGCUGGAAGAAAUAUACACCCCUCUCGCAAUUGAUGUCGUAGACCAGGAGUGUGUUGUGGUAUCGUGGCAGCACAAGGAGUCACCACGGGUCACCAAAGUUUGUCUGCACAAAUAUGAUGAGUCUGACGUUGUGGUUCGAAAGGACGGCUGUUCAUAUGGCGAUGAAAUAGCACGCCGACGGCAUUUCUCGGAUUCAACGAUGCAUCUACCUGAUCCGAUUGUGCAAGUUCGCUUUAAUGACCGCCACCAGCAGGUUAUAUACUGGCAUUCGUCGUCCAUCAUAUACGACCAAUUCCAACGCAUUCUUAGCUCUGCAGAUACUUCUGGCUCUGGCUCUGCACAUCGGGGCCGUCUCCUCGACAACAUCUGCUAUGCUAGAAGACCCGAAUACGACGGAACAUCGCCACCUAUAUCUUCACGAUUUCAGGUAGGGAUCCCCUUUUAUGGGUACCACAUAAGGAACUUCGCAAACGGAGUUUGUGACUGGUACUAUGCAUCAGUCGGUUUUACACGCCUGCCUCCGAAUGGCCGGGUAGGUGCGUAUAUCCUCCGGUCAACAGCGCAGUGCAGAUCGGACCGAUGUACCCAUAUCCUUAAUCUGGACCGUGGUAGGCGCAUUGAACGCUGGGUAACAGUUGCCAAGCUCUGGGGAUUCAAACCCAACGAAUCCAACUUGACGGGGCUCAUAGCUUCCUCGCCCCGGGGUACUCGGCUUGCGAUUGUAAACUGGAAGACCUUGUACGUCUGGCCGCUCGAACCGUACCAUGUGCUCAUGCGAAACAGGGAGGGAUACUAUCCCCCUUCCAUGUAUUAUCCUGGAGACCCCGGCGCGUGUGCAAGAGCAAGUACUGUUCCUCGAUCUACCGGAGAGGAGGACUACGAAAAGACAGAAGACGGGUGGAAGGAUAUUGUUGAACUGAAGCCCAUAAUACUUGACUUGGACGCUGUUUGUUUUGGACUAAAGUUUACCAACGGCGAGAACGAACUUACCCUGCUGACUGACAAGGGUCUGAUGGUUUGGCAACUUGGUUCGAAUAGGUCUGCCCUGAGGCUAAAGGGGGUGAUAAAAGCGGAGGAAGAUGUUGUGGCAGAUGAACUAAGCAAGAGACCUUUGUCCUACGGCAAUGUUGUUGGCGAUGAGAGUGAGGCGGAGGAUGAGGACGAGGAUGAAGAUGAAGACAUGCAUGAUGAUGAUAUGGAAGCCGAAGACGAGGAUGAAGAUGAUGACGGGGAAGAGAUGGAUUUGGAUGCGUAG